AUGUUCGACCACUGCUGCUACGUCGUUCCCCCCUACCUUCUCCGGUCGAUCUCCGAAUCCGAAAACAACCCUGAGCCCAUCAGGAAGGCAGCCGAAGCAACACUCAACCGCCGAAUCAAGAUUAGCAACUCUCUUCAUAACAGAUCCAAGGUCCUCGCGGAGAAUGCCGGGAUCAGGAAGUCGUCUCGAUCGCUUUCCAAGCCCAGCAUCGUACCGAUCGACCUCUUGCGGCAUAUUGCCAACUCGGAAGAUGUCGACGAGAGGGUUCGAAAGUGUGCUAGAAGGGAUCUGGCUCAUUUGAAGGGGAUUCAUGAGAAGGCUUUGGCGGGGAAAGAUGGAACAGCGACGUCUAGCCGCAAGAUGGCCGCCGUGGCUGAAGACGAGAGUAAGAAAGAACAUACAUUCUAUUGGGCUGUUUACGACGCCAAGAACUCGUUUGCGGAGUUCCAACUUCCAGGAGAGCUCAUCCGAGCUGAGGGCCAGCCAGCCGCAAAGGACAAGGCCGUUAACGACGCAUACGAUAACGUAGGACAAGUAUUGAGCGCGUACAAACAGUUGUUCAACUGGAACUCGGUUGACAAUGACAAUAUGCACAUCAUCAGCACUGUCCACUUUGGAGAGAAUUACGAGAAUGCGUACUGGGACCCCGACCGCAUGCAAAUAGUAUUUGGCGACGGAGAUGAAUUUUUGAGCAACUUCACUGGUUGUGUCGACGUCAUCGGCCAUGAACUCACGCACGCCGUAACUGAGAACACGACGCCACUUCUUUACUUUGGCCAGAGCGGUGCUUUGAACGAGCACGUAUCAGAUGUAUUCGGCAUCAUGGUCAAGCAGUUUGUCGAGAAAACUGAUGUCGAGGCUGCCGACUGGCUCAUUGGCGAGGGAUGUAUUGCCCCGGGCGUCAAGGGAAUUGCUCUUCGGAGUAUGAAGGCCCCGGGAACUGCGUACAAUGAUCCGCGAUUCUGCAACUUCCUCGAGUUUGCAAACGCGACCAUCAACUCUGCCAAGACGGCCUUUAGCGAAGAUGUAGCCAAGAUUGUAGAGAAUGCCUGGAAGGAGGUUGGCGUCAUUGAGGGCGGAGAUGGCGGGGAUGGUAAUGAGGGGGGAGACAAGAAGGAUGACGACAAGUCUGACGGCGGCUGGCUCGACUGGAUCAGCGACUUGUGCAAGCCCUUCUAA